AUGAUCGUUAUUUGGGGUUUGAGCUGUGUCCUUAUGGUAGUAUUCGUCAGGUUCCUUGUCAAGAAUUGGAAGCCAUCUAUGUUACCUGGGCCUAGAGGAUUUCCGUAUUUUGGAGCCGCCUUCAGCGUGGUAGGAAUAUCUUCUAAAGAUAUCAUUCCCCUUAUAAUAAAAUGGUGUGACGAAUAUGGAAAAAUGUUUGGAGUGAAAAUGCUUGGUGCAAAUUAUGUAUUUGUGUCUGAACCAGAACUUGUGAAGCCACUGCUUACCAGCUCCAUAAAUAUUACUAAAGGCCGUUUCGAGUACUCAUUCUUGAAGUUAAUUUUCAACGAUGGACUUAUAGUUUCAGAUGGUGAAAAGUGGCGUUCAAACAGGAGAUUACUGACACCUAGUUUCCACAACAAAAUACUGAAAUCAUCAGUAGAAACUGUAGGCCGAAACGCAGAGGAAUUCGUUUCACAAUUAUUGGCUUCUGAUGGGAAACCGAUUGAUAUCGAAGAUACAACACAUUUGUUGACCCUUAAAAUAAUUUGUGAAACAGCGAUGGGUGUUAAAUUGAAUACUAAAGACAAACAACAAAAUGAAUACGUAAAAGCUUCAAGAAUAUGUCACGACACUCUUGUGUAUAGAUAUCUCAGGUUUUGGCUAUUUCCCGAUUUUAUUUUUCGUCGCUCUGAUGUUGGUAAAAGAUUUAUCAAGAGUCUAAAGCUUAUUCACGAAGUAGCAGAUCAGGUAAUAAAAAAAAGAAAAGAAUUAUACAUUGCUGAAAAGAAUGAAUCUAAGAACGAGGAUUCAAGAAAAAAAGAAAGAAACGCUUUCCUGGAUAAUUUACUCGAGUUGGUUGACUCCAAUCCAGAUUUAUUCAAUGAAUCUAAUAUCAGAGAAGAAGUAGACACCUUUUUGAUUGCGGGUCAUAAUCCGUCUGCAGCAACUCUGAAGUUUUUACACUUUAUACUUGCCAACCGUCCGGAUGUUCAGGAAAAGUUAUAUGAUGAACAAGUGGAUAUAUUUGGAGAUAGCAAAAGAAUGACAACGGCCCAAGAUCUUGAGAAAAUGACUUAUCUCAAGAUGGUGAUCAAUGAAACACUGAGACUAUAUCCAACUAUACCGUUAUAUAGCAGAUGCUUAAAAGAAGAUCUACUAAUCGAUGAAAAAACCAUCAUUCCAGCGGGUCAUACUGUUGCAGUGUUUACUUACGCUGUUCAUCGAUCUAAGAAGCACUGGGACAAUCCAGAAGAAUUCAUUCCUGAAAGAUUCGCUCCAGGGAUUGAAAUACACCCAUUUUCAUUUCUACCGUUUUCAGCUGGCCCGAGGAAUUGCAUAGGCCAAAAAUACGCAAUGAUGGAAUUGAAGAUAAUCAUAUCGACACUAGUGCGGCAGUGCUGGCUAGAACCAGUCACUACUUCGGUAUCUUUGGAUUAUGGUAUUACAUUAAACCCAGUAGAACCGAUAAUCGUUAAGGCCAUUCCAAGGAACGGGACCCGAAGAAUGAUACCCGAGAGGAAUAGCUAAGAUUUUUAAGUAAAAGAAAGUCUUACAUCUAUUUAUUCAUGAGGGAAGACCUAAACUUGAAACGUCCUCUUAUUAAGGCUAUACCUGUAACGUUCAACAAUGUUUAUUUUAUAACAAUAUCACAAACAUUUUUUUCAUUAUUAUUUAUUUCCUUUAAAUCCUCGAAAAUGCCCAAUGGAAAAUUACAUUAAGGCUCUAAAAACCGAUAAUCAUUUUGUCACAAGCGACAUCCUGCAAAUUGAAUUUGGUCUUCGCAUUCAUCGAUUCCUAACGAAUAAUCAAAUAACUAUAUUGAUUUUUUAAAUUUUUAUACAAGGCAGAUCAUGAUGGAUUUUUAAAACGGAGACAUUUCUUAGAAAAAAAUAUAAAGUAAAUCCAACAUAUUGUUUUUCUAAAUAUUUUGAAAAUACAACUUCCCUCAUCUUAGCUAAAAUAAUGUAGUUCCAACUAUUUAAAGACCGAUUUCCAAUAGUCGUCAACGAUUACAAAUAUUUUUCAAUUUUUUAUGUAUUUUUUAAUAUUAGGAAAUGUUUAAUUCUGUCAAGUUCCUCAUUAAAUGAUUUUCAAAUACAUGUAUUUCUUGUUUGAUUGUGUUUAUGGAAUGAUUUAUUAGUAUAUGAUUCUGUAUUUUUCAUGUUUUCCAAUUUUCGAAUAAUAAAAUAUAUAAGUAUCCUAGCACUUGAACAGGUUCAUUAUUUUACAAAAGCAUUUCUCUUUAUUUUUUUAUUUCUGAAAUCAUUGUUUCAAUAAAUAUUCAAAGUCA